GUGCUGCUGUGGCACCCUUGAGAUGGCUGUGGGUGUCAGGACCCUUAAGGAUGACUCCUGCUUUUUUCCUUCUAGUGCUGACCAUCCUUGCCAUGUUCAGCCAGAGAUACUCCCAAGCCUUCCCACCGGACACGGUCAACGGAGGGGCAGAGUUUGUGGCGACACUGAGGCUGGUCUACCCCCACGCAGACACGCUCUGUGAGAAGGACUUUGAGUGGCUCUUUGACUGCCCUCAGACAAAGCAGUUCCUCGAGUGGUUCUGCAGCACGGUGGGUGAGGAGAAUGUGCUGAGCCCAGCUGAGGUGGAGGCCUACGAUGCCCUGUUGGCUGCAGGCAAGCCCAUCCUGGAAGGUGAUGCUCUCGAGCAGGUGUUACAGAUGUGCCACCAGGUCCCGCAGUUGCCAAGCACGAUACCGGAUGAUGAGGGUCUCCCUUUGGAGGCCCUGCAGCAGGAGCUUCAGGAGCUGAAGGACUAUCGUGACCGUCAGCUCUGGCGACACAGCAAGCUGCAGGUUUGGACAGCCAACCUGCAGCGGGAGCUGAGGUGUUUGGAGGAGGAGGAGAAAGUGGUGAAGCAGGACUUGAGGAAGGCUCAGAUGGACCUGGAAGUAGAAGCCUUCCAAACCAGAGCUGUCCUGAGCCAGAUCAGCAAGGCUGCAAAGCAGCUGGCAGAGUGGCAUGGGGAUGUGGGGAAAGGCCGGCUGCCGGCACUGCUGUGCGAGAUGGAUCUUGGCCCUUACAUGGAGCUAGAACAACAGGCCACCAACAUGUUUGAGAGUUUCAUCCAGCAGGUCCUACCAGGGAGUGUCCAAGCUCCAGAUGCUCAGGGAAAAAGUGCACAGGGAAAGAGCAGCCUGAAGGAAAGGCUGGAGGCUGCGACACAGAUGGACUCAGACUGGAAAAUACUGGAAGGAAGAAGAGGAGCUCCUUAUCAAGAGUGUGCAAACACACCAUGGGGGGCGGCAGCAGCAAGUCAGGGAAUACUGGUCCGAGGCUCAAAGGCAGAGCUGCUAGUGGAGGGGAGGAAUGGACGAGAGGUGUUGAGCAUGGGGGAUGAGGAAGAGAGAGAUAGCAGCCAGGAAGCCACAGAGAGAAUGGAUGCCGAGCAAACAACAAUGCCGAAAAGCCUUGGGACUGAUGGAGAUGAGCUACUGCAGGACCGAGACCACUACUGGAAGGAGCUGAGCCGAAUGGAGAAAGCACAUAUCUGUGCCCAGAGGGAGGUUAUAGUCAUGUCAGCAAAAGUGGAAGGCAACUGUGCUGCGCUGGAGUGGGCCCAGAGGACUCUGGAAGCUCUCAAGGAGAACCAGCAUGUAGUUGAGGCAGAGCUCCGGAGUCAGGCUGCCGCACUUCAGAAGCAGCUUCAUGCCCUGCGUUGCGACAUCGCGCAGAUCCUGACCCACCGGCUGCCACCCCUGCUGAAGGCAGAGGCCUGCUUCUCUCGCCUGCCCAUCCUGCAGAGGCAGCUCAGCCUGGAAGCUGCCCAUCUGCAGUACGUUGCCAGGAGGCAGGAGGAGGCAGCUGCGUGGCUGGCAAGCCAGCACAGCCGCCUGGAUCUGCUGGAGCUCCAGCUGAAAUGGGAGAGAAAGGAGUUGGACCAGAAGGCUUCUGAGCUGAGGGAGAUGAAAACUGCUAUGAGGGAAGCCCAGACCAGGCUGCAGGAGCAGCAGGACUACUUCAAAGAUGCCAGCUCCUCCCAGAAAUGUUGUCCACGCAUAUGGAUAGACCCCAAAGACCUCUCUGCUGUACGACUCUGGGAGAUGCUGGUGGGGCAAGAUUGGGAGGAGCAGCUCUUCCACAGCUAUGAGGCCAUAGCAGCCCAUUGCUCCCAGUUGGUUCAGGACCAGAGGGUGCUGGAAGCACAGCUGGCAGCUCCUAUGUCCCAGCUCCCUGCCCUGGAGUCCUCCACAGAGGUGCUCUACGGGCUGCUGUACAACAGCUCCAACCAGCUGCAGCUCUCCUCUCCGGAGAUCACAGACCUGAUGCAGCAACUGAUCACCAUGCAGGACAACCUCUACCAAAAGCUGGCAGACCUCCUGAGUGACUUGAAGGUCAAACGCAGAUCUCUGGAGAGCCCUAUCCUGCAGACAGAGCGCAACCUUUACGUGUAUUUUUACUGCAAUGAGGAUUGGCUGAGAGAGGUGGUGGAGGAGCUGGAGAAGCAGGUGUGGGCUUCCUCCAAGGGACCAGUGAUGGAGCUGCCUUAUGCAAAGGAGUAGGUCAAAGGGAUGCUCACUCCUUGCCACAGAAAUGGUGCCAUCUUUUGGUUGGGCUGGGUCAUCAGUCCUGGACUGGGAGAGAACUCUGGUGGUCCUAGCUCGUGACAGGUUACUUGGGUCAUGGUGCAGCAGCUGGGCUUAAAAGAAGCAGGGAGCUUAUUCCUUAAACAAAGAGUUUCCCAAAGCUGGUGGGUGGGAUAGAUGAUAUGAAAGAAAUUGAUGUAUCUUGUGAGUUGGCAUUGGAAGCCUUGUAUAGACAGGAGACUUCUCAUGCCAACUCUACAAGAGAAUGGGUGCUGGGGGCAAGCGGACUGACACUUUUCCUCACCUUCUGGGGAAAGGAGUUUUGUAUAUUUUGUGGGGAAUAAAAAGGUCCAUUACUCACAAUUGCAGAGCUUGCCUCCAGAGCUGUUAUACCCUGGGCAAUAAAAUCUUGUACUUGCUGAGUUUGCUGUCUUGGUUAUGGGCUGUGACACUUGCCAGGCUCAGAAUCACCCUCCUUUCUCCAACUAUCCUAUUU